AUGGGGGCUCUGGCAGGAUUCACGUGGGAAGCUCCAGGCGUGAGCCCCGUUUCUAGCUGUACUCCCUGGGGCAGACCGCACAGCCGCUGCCGCCUCCGUUUCCUCCUCUGUGAACUGGGGAGAGACCCGCUCUCCCGUGCGGGUGCAGUGGGGAGGGCCUGGUCUCUGGGAGGUCGGCUCAGUGGUCUGCCCGGUCCCCACCCAGCCAACCGCUGCAGGAAGGCCCAGGUGAAGAGCUGCACCGAGUGCAUCCGAGUGGACAAGGACUGCGCCUACUGCACCGACCAGACGUUCAAGGACCGGCGCUGCAACACCCAGGCGGAGCUGCUGGCCGCGGGCUGCCGGCUGGAGAGCGUGGUGGUCAUGGAGAGCAGCUUCGAGAUCACAGAGGAGAUCCCGAUCGACACCACCCUGCGCCGCAGCCAGGUGUUCCCCCAGGCGCUGCAGGUCCUCCUGCGGCCCGGCGAGGAGCGGCACUUCGAGCUGGAGGUGUUCGAGCCGCUGGAGAGCCCCGUGGACCUGUACAUCCUCAUGGACUUCUCCAACUCCAUGUCCGACGAUCUGGACAACCUCAAGCAGAUGGGGGAGCACCUGGCCCGGGUCCUGAGCCGGCUCACCAGCGACUACACUAUUGGAUUUGGCAAGUUUGUGGACAAAGUCAGCGUCCCCCAGACGGACAUGAGGCCGGAGAAGCUGAAGGAGCCCUGGCCCAACAGCGACGCCCCCUUCUCCUUCAAGAACGUCAUCAGCCUGACGGACGACGUGACCGAGUUCCGGAGGAAGCUGCAGCAAGAGCGCAUCUCGGGCAACCUGGACGCCCCGGAAGGCGGCUUCGACGCCAUCCUGCAGACGGCCGUGUGCACGAGGGACAUCGGCUGGCGCCCUGACAGCACCCACCUGCUGGUGUUCUCCACCGAGUCCGCCUUCCACUAUGAGGCCGACGGUGCCAACGUGCUGGCUGGCAUCUUGAAGCGAAAUGACGAGGAGUGCCACCUGGACGCCACAGGCACCUACACCCAGUACAAGACACAGGACUACCCGUCUGUGCCCACCCUGGUGCGCCUGCUGGCCAAACACAACAUUAUCCCUAUCUUCGCCGUCACCAACUACUCCUACAGCUACUAUGAGAAGCUGCACAAGUACUUCCCCGUGUCCUCGCUGGGCGUGCUGCAGGAAGACUCGUCCAACAUCGUGGAGCUGCUGCAGGAGGCCUUCAACCGCAUUCACUCCAACCUGGACAUCCGGGCCCUGGACAGCCCCCGCGGCCUGCGGACAGAGGUCACCUCCAAGAUGUUCCAAAAGACGGAGACGGGGUCCUUUCACAUCCGGCGAGGAGAAGUGGGCACCUACCAAGUUCAGCUUCGGGCCAUCGAGGACGUGGACGGGACGCACGUGUGCCAGCUGCCAGAACACGACAGGAAGGGCAACGUCCACCUGAAGCCCUCCUUCUCCGACGGCCUCCGGAUGGACGUGGGCAUCCUCUGCGACCUGUGCGCCUGCGAGCUGCAAAAAGAGGUGGGCUCGCCUCAGUGCAGCGGCAACGGAGACUUCAUGUGCGGACACUGUGUGUGCUACGAGGGCUGGAGUGGCAAGACCUGCAGCUGCUCCACGGGCUCGCUGAGUGACAUCCAGCCCUGCCUGCGGGAGGGAGAGGACAAGCCGUGCUCCGGGCACGGCGAGUGCCAGUGCGGGCGCUGCGUGUGCUACGGCGAAGGCCGCUACGAGGGCCAGUUCUGCGAGUACGACAACUUCCAGUGCCCACGCACCUCCGGGUUCCUUUGCAACGACCGGGGACGCUGCUCCAUGGGCCGGUGUGAGUGCGAGCCCGGCUGGACAGGCUUGAGCUGUGACUGCCCUCUCAGCAAUGCCACCUGCAUCGACAGCAAUGGGGGCGUCUGCAAUGGGCGUGGUCACUGCGAGUGUGGCCGGUGCCACUGCAACCAGCAGUCCCUCUACACAGACACCACCUGCGAGAUCAACUACUCGGCGGUCCGUCUGGGCCUCUGCGAGGACCUGCGCUCCUGCGUGCAGUGCCAGGCCUGGGGCACAGGCGAGAAGAAGGGGCGCACGUGCGAGGAGUGCGGCUUCAAGGUCAAGAUGGUGGAUGAGCUUAAGAACACGGAGGAGGUGGUGGAGCACUGCUCCUUCCGGGACGAGGAGGACGACUGUAACUACAGCUACACCGUGGAGGGCGACGGCACGCCCGGGCCCAACAGCACCGUCCUGGUGCACAGGAAGAAGGACUGCCCUCCCGGCUCCUUCUGGUGGCUCAUCCCCCUGCUCAUCUUCCUCCUGCUGCUCCUGGCGCUGCUGCUGCUGCUCUGCUGGAAGUACUGUGCCUGCUGCAAGGCCUGCCUGGCACUUCUCCCCUGCUGCAACCGAGGUACGGGCCUGGCGUCGCUGAACGAGGUGUACAGACAGAUCGCAGGCUCGCACAAGCUCCAGCAGACCAAGUUCCGGCAGCAGCCCAACGCCGGGAAAAAGCGCUACAGGCUCCGGCCACCAGCCAGCCAGCCAGUUGGGGCUUCCGUGGUGCCCGCCGUGCAGGGAACUAACGGCUCCUCCCUCUCGCCCCCAGUGCCCUACGGGCUGUCCCUGCGCCUCGCCCGCCUCUGCACCGAGAACCUGCUGAAGCCUGACACGCGGGAAUGUGACCAGCUGCGCCAGGAGGUGGAGGAGAACCUGAACGAGGUGUACAGACAGAUCGCAGGCUCGCACAAGCUCCAGCAGACCAAGUUCCGGCAGCAGCCCAACGCCGGGAAAAAUCUGGGCUGGGCGGGGCCGGCGGGCAGAGGAGUGGAGAGGGGACUGAGGUUUGGACCCUCUAACUCUGCCCGGCCCCUUGCAGCCAACGGGAUAGUGUCCUUUGAGCAGCCUGAGUACCUGGUCAGUGGUGGGGAGCAAGUGGCCCGCAUUCCCGUCGUCCGGCGCAUCCUGGACAACGGCAAGUCCCAGGUCUCCUACCGCACACAGGACAACACGGCGCAGGGCAACCGGGACUACAUCCCCACGGAGGGCGAGCUGCUGUUCCAGCCCGGGGAGACCUGGAAGGAGCUGCAGGUGAAGCUCCUGGAGCUGCAGGAGGUGGACUCCCUCCUGCGGAGCCGCCAGGUCCGCCGCUUCAACAUCCAACUCAGCAACCCCAAGUUCGGGGCACGCCUGGGCCAGCCCCACUCGGCCACGGUCGUCAUCGGGGACCGAGACGAACUGGACCUGACCUUCCAGAACCAGACCCAGUCUGCAUUCCCAGUCUCCCACAGUGUCCUGGGCGCCCCACAGAACCCCAACGCCAAAGCCGCCGGCUCUCGGAAGAUCCACUUCAACUGGCUGCCCCCUCCUGGCAAACCAACAGGGUACAGGGUGAGGUACUGGAUCCAGGGGGACUCCGACUCGGAAGCCCACGUGCUGGAGAGCAAGGUGCCCUCGGUGGAGCUCACCAACCUGUACCCGUACUGCGACUACGAGAUGAAGGUGUGCGCCUUUGGCACGCAGGGCGACGGCCCCUACAGCUCCCUGGUGUCCUGCCGCACCCACCAGGAAGUACCCAAUGAGCCAGGGCGUCUGGCUUUCAACGUCGUCUCCUCCACGGUGACCCAGCUGAGCUGGGCUGAGCCCUCGGAGACCAACGGCGAGAUCACGGCCUACGAGGUCUGCUACGGCCUGGUCAACGAGGACAACCGACCCAUCGGGCCCAUGAAGAAGGUGCUGGUGGACACCCCCAAGAAGCGGAUGCUGCUCAUUGAGAACCUGCGGGAGUCCCAGCCCUACCGCUACACGGUGAAGGCGCGCAACGGGGCAGGCUGGGGGCCCGAGCGGGAGGCCAUCAUCAACCUGGCCACCCAGCCCAAGCGGCCCAUGUCCAUCCCCAUCAUCCCCGACAUCCCCAUCGUGGACGCGCAGGGCGGGGAAGACUAUGAGGGCUACCUCAUGUACAGCGACGAAGUCCUCCGCUCCCCAUCUGGCAGCCAGAGGCCCAGCGUCUCCGACGACACAGAGCACCUGGUCAAUGGACGGAUGGACUUUGCCUUCCCGGGCAGCGCCAACUCCCUGCACAGGAUGGCCACGACCAACGCCUCCUACGGCACCCACCUGAGCCCGCACCUGCCCCACCGCGUGCUCAGCACCUCCUCCACCCUCACCAGGGACUACCACUCGCUGACCCGCACGGAGCACUCGGGCACGCUGCCCAGGGACUACUCCACCCUCACCUCCCUCUCCUCGCAAAGCCUCCCUCCCAUCUGGGAAGGCGGGAGGAGCAGGCUUCCGCUGUCUUGGACCUUGGGGUCCUGGAGUCGGGCUCAGAUGAAGGGGUUCCCCCCUUCCAGGGACUCACCAGACUCUAUAAUCCUGGCUGCGCAGCCAGCAGCGCCCCCUUGGGGCCCAGGUUCCCGCUUGGCUGCAGGUUUGCCCAACACCCCCACCCGCCUGGUGUUCUCAGCCCUGGGGCCCACGUCUCUGAAAGUGAGCUGGCAAGAGCCGCAGUGCGAGCGGGCGCUGCAGGGCUACAGCGUGGAGUACCAGCUGCUGAACGGCGGUGAGCUGCAUCGGCUCAACAUCCCCAACCCCGGGCAGACUUCCGUGGUGGUGGAAGACCUUCUGCCCAACCACUCCUACGUGUUCCGCGUGCGGGCCCAGAGCCAGGAAGGCUGGGGCCCCGAGCGCGAGGGUGUCAUCACCAUUGAGUCACAGGUGCACCCUCAGAGCCCGCUGUUACCCCUGCCAGGCUCCGCCUUCACCCUGAGCACGCCCAGCGCCCCGGGCCCACUGGUGUUCACGGCCCUGAGCCCAGACUCGCUGCAGCUGAGCUGGGAGCGGCCGCGCAGGCCUGACGGAGACAUCCUGGGCUACAUGGUCACGUGUGAGAUGGCCCACGGAGGAGAGCCAGCCAUUACAUUCCAGGUGGAUGGUGACUGCACUGAGAGCAGGCUGACGGUGCCGGGCCUCCGGGAGAACGUGCCCUACAAGUUCAAGGUGCAGGCCAGGACCACUCAGGGCUUUGGGCCGGAGCGUGAGGGUAUCAUCACCAUUGAGUCCCAGGAUGGAGGCCCCUUCCCACAGCUGGGUGUCCUCUCCGGGCUCUACCAGCACCCACUGCCAGGCGAGUACAGCAGCAUCACCACCACCCACACCAGCACCGCCGAGCCCUUCCUGCUGGACGGACUGACCCUGGGGCCCCGGGGCCUGGAGGCAGGCGGCUCCCUCACCCGGCACGUGACCCAGGAGUUUGUGAGCCAGACGCUGACCACCAGUGGGACCCUCGGCAGCCAGGUGGACCAGCAGUUCUUCCAGACCUGAGCUCCCCACCGCGACCAGGCGUCCUCGAACCUGGGCCCCCACUGCCCCCCCUCCCCGGUGCUGCCUCAGCUACACCAUCCUUGGACCCCUGGUGGCCCCACCCGCCCGCAUGCUGAUCACAGGACCAGAGCCUCUGGGGGUAGGUGCCCUCUGGGGGGCAUGUAGGGGGCAGAGGUCCCAGAAGGCCCUUCUGGCUGCCCCACCCCCAUCCCACCCAAGCGCAUUUGUAACCAAAGAGCCGGGACCAGCAUGACAAGCACCCAGCUUUGUUCUGCACUUAAUAAAAGAGUUUGCUACCGUG